AUGGCCUGCGGAUCAGGGAAUCUUCAGGGCCUCACGGCUCCAUUUUCUUCUGCUGGACUUGGGACUCCAUUCUAUGUCAAAGGCCCUUGGUUGACGGGCUGUGGUCAGACCAACAUCUCCUGCAAGGUGGUGAAGGGGCAGCUGGUGGAGGUGGGCAAGUGGCCAUGGCAGGUGAGCAUCCUGUUCCUGGGCGUAUACGUCUGUGGCGGCUCCCUCAUCCACCAGCAGUGGGUCCUCACGGCCGCGCACUGCUUGCAGAGGUCCAUAGACCCCAAAGAGUACUCUGUGAUGGUGGGCGUCCAGCACCUCCCGGAAAACGGCACUCAGCUCCCGCUCUCUCGCAUCGUGAUUCACGAGGAUUUCAACAACCUCAUCUCGGAGGACAUCGCCCUCCUGAAGCUCAGGGACCCCAUCUUCUGGUCCCCCCUUGUCCAGCCCGUCUGCCUACCCAGCACCAAACUCAAGCCAUCUAUUGGAACCUUGUGCUGGACGAUCGUGUGGGGACUUAAAAACAAUCGAGUGACCCCAAACGCCUCCCACAGUCUUCAGGAGGUGGCUGUCAAGAUCAUAAAAAAUAGGAUUUGCCGUCAGCGGUACCAGUUCCUCUUCUUGAAGGACCAGAGGAAGUUCAUCGGGAACGACGUGCUGUGCGCCACCUCGGAAUGGGGCGUAGACUCUUGCCAGGGUAACUCUGGCAGCUCCAUGGUCUGCCAGGUGAACAACACCUGGGUGCAGAUGGGGGUGGUCAGUUGGAUCUUUAGCUGCAACCAGCACAGCUUCCCUGGCAUCUACACCAGCACUGCCCACUUCACCCACUGGAUCAAGAAGCGGGUCGCCGACAUGAGAUUCGUCAGUCGGGCUCACCCCGCCUUCCGGAGCCCGGUCUUCCUCACUGGCUACACGCUGCUGGUCUCCUCGGGCUCCCUGUGGCUCCCGUGA